CGCCAGACUCCCAAUUUCGAACAGAUAACAUCUGACAACUUUAAACCUUCAUUGCUCCUUUCUUACGUGGUUGUUCCCGCCAACCAGCAUUUUCUACACCUCCUUUCACCUUGAUCCCGCGCAUCCACAUUUAACGUCUCCCAAACCACAACGUCCUAGCUACCUAUAACCUAUUCAUAAAAAUGGCCGUCUUUACUUCCUACCGCAAACAAAUGUGGUCAGCUGUCUACACCCUCUUCUGCCUAUGGGGUGUAGCAUGGCUCAUCGCCUACUUGUUCCGCUCACUCGUGUCAAACCGGAAAGGAACGGGCACCGCUGGAACGUUGGGCCAAACUGAGAGUGCUGGAACUGUGACGGGAAACAAUGUCACUGGGCCCGGAAAACAUCCUAUGCACUGGCGCGCAACCUCUGCAGCUCGCAUCGCUCAAACCUCCUUCCUCAUGGCCCUAGCCGCAACCACCAUCAGCGAAUUCGGAUAUGGAAUCACUCGAGCCUCAUCUGGACUCUUGUGGGCAUUUUUCGCAUUGACUGUUUUGCACAUCUUUGUUGCCGCUGCUGUGAGGAACUUGGGCGUGCCGAUCGCGUUGGGUCUCCCACAGUUUCUCUUGAUUGUUGUUAUCAUAGGAUUGGCUUUUAGGGAUUAGGCAUAGUUUCUUUUUUUGAGUUUUAUUUUUUGGGAUAUGUUUGUUUUUUUUUUGGCAAAGUGUGCGGGGGAUAUGAGUUUGGUUUACCGUAAUGGACGGGAAGGAAAAGGGUUUGGUAUCCUUUACGUUUUUCGGGCUGGUUAUCCCGUGUCUCUUGUCAAUAUCUGUAUGCUGAGACUUGGGAUUCCCUUCUAUCCGUAGUAUUGUAGGUUUGUCGUUCUAGUUUAAUUCAAGUUUCAUGCAUCAUUGUUCUAAUUUCAUAGGCUGAUACUGCCAAAACGCAGUCGUGCUUACCAACAUCAUCGCUUUAUUC